UAUAUUUAUGGUCGGAAACAAAAUUUGUUUCAUUGUCAUACUUCAAUGGGAAAUGAAAUCCUUUGAAAGUUAAGACACCUCUGAUUGACAUGGAUUUCUUUGACGAAUCGCAUAUCAAAGACUUACUUCCCAAAUGAUGGCCUUGCUGUGUGGUUCGGUGGUAGUCCACAAUGUUUGGCCACGUCAACUACCGGUACUUGACCGGUUUAGCCUCAUUAUGGUUGGUUACAGAGGUUUUGAUGGGAAAAUUCAUUAGUUCGUUGAAGAUUUUGGAGUUCGAACUUCGCCACAGUAGACCUGACCAUCCCCCCAAUCAGAUUGACGUCACUUUCGAUCAAGUUUAUUUCAUGGUCUUCAACAUAAGUCUCGGUGCCGACGAAACACCUCUCAACACACUUAUCUACAGGGACGGACGUAAAGUCUUUGAAUUACUUCCUACGUUGAAUGAGCCUGAAGUGUUCGCACCUUUCACCAACGAAGACCUCACUUUUACGUCGCAACCAAUCGAGGGGGGUUUCCUCCAGGGGACCAUCAUGAUCCACCGACCUAAAGUAGUCCAUGAGGGCUUUUAUAAAGUCAUCAGCAAAGUUAUUCAAAAUCAAUCCCAAGCGGUCCAAAUUGACUCGAAAUCCAUUUAUGUUCGGGCGAUAAGUAACUGCACACAGGUGGAGGGCAGGUCUUUGGUCAGGGAACCGUGCGACCUUCAUUUGCAGUAUUGGUGCAAGAACCCCAUCUAUCCGUUAUCCUCCAUUCGGAUAUUAGCCUUCUUUGGCUCAGCCUUGGACCGGACAUUCGCGAUGCCUUUGCCGGGUGCGGGUGUCACCUCUUUUGAGUUAGAAGAUGGUCGCUACGAAAUUACUUUCAAUUACACUCAACAAGAGUUGGGGGUUAUGCCAUCUACAUUUUACUCACAAUUGGACUGGUAUCAGUACGACACGUUGCUUCGAAGUGACAUUAAGGACUUUGAAAAGCGGGACCAUUGCAACAGCUCUGGAACGUUUUCACCUGAUGCAGUUUUGCACUUGACACCUCAAACUGUGUUCCCAUCUGAAACUCCUAAAUAUUUUGAGACCAUGGCUUGGACCACGAAUUCCACAACUCGAUUGGCAACCAUUUCCAGUGUCCAAGACAUCGACAGGACAACACACUCAGCAGAGCCUUCACCUUCGGGAUGUCCCCAAAUGAACCAUGGGCAUUGGGCUUUGGCUCAUUUGUUGACACACCUAAUUCUUUGUUAUGAGCUUUGAAACCUAGACAUAACAAGCAAUAGUUCUACCUGCGACAUUGGUGUUGGGAUAUUGGGUUUACCAAAAAGACUCGAACGUCGCACCAUGAUUUGUGACUUUAUCCUCAGGCGUGUAAACUUCUUUACCUAGGAUAAGCCCCCCAAAACGCACCAAAUGCAGUGAGACAUUGAAAAGCUU